AUGAACCCUAUCUUCAGAUUUACAUUGUUAUUUAACCUUAUUCUAGCUGGUCUAGGAUUUAUUGAUGGAAUAGCUAUCCCUUUGAACGAGAAGAGAUGUUUGUCUGUCUCGUCUACAGCGAUCUUACAGAAUCUCAACAUUAAAAGAGAAGAGCAAUUGGAGACGAUCCGGUUAGACGUGAAAGCUGAAGGGGCCGCAUAUACAGUACAGAUGGUCAUAGAUGGGAUUCUCCUUGAUAUUCAUGUUGAUACCGGAUCCUCUCAACUCUGGGCGGCCCACAAGUCUUGCGAGAAUUGUGUCAGUGGUAAGAUGACUGUCAUCGACACGGAGAUACCGGAUGAUUGUAGCGAUCAGGUGAAGAUCCAGUAUGCUACUGGAUCUGUAUCCGGCUGCCUUGUGAAUACAACAAUAUCGCUUGGACAACAUACCUUGGAGAGCUAUCCGCUCUUGGUCGCUACUGAUAUAUCUGCAGAGAUUGCUGCAAAUGGUGAUAUAUAUAGUGGUACAUUUGGCCUAGCGAGCGAUAGCUUGACGAAUAGUGGUAGUCCACCUGUGUUGUCCCAACUGUACAAGGAUAAUAAGAUCGGUAGUCCUGAAGUCAGUUUCUACCUUCCCCGUCAAACUGCCAGUGAAUUUGCUCAAAGUGGGAUGUUCAUUGGGGAUCCUGCGAGAACCCAAUACGCAGAUAUCACAAAUUUUGCAGUUCUUUCACGGGCAGGCAACAAUGAUGGAUUGUAUGCUGUCAAGAUGGAUUCGAUCAGUGUAGAUGGGAAGGCAAUUACCUUUGAUCAAGUUGCUGUGUUAGAUACUGGAUCUGCUGGUAUCGGUUAUCCCUCCAGUCUCUCUGGCAGUAUGAUGCCAGCAAUUUACGGUGAGCUCGAGGCCGAAGCUGGUGGAGCCAAAGUAUCAUGUACGGCAUCAAGCGACGACUUGUCCUUGAGGUUUCAAUUUGAGGGCAAGAAUUUUCCAGUGCGAUACGAAAAUCUAGUCAGUAAGCCUGAUGGCGACGGAAAGUGUUGGGCAUUGGUCGGUACUUACCAAAGUGAUUCAGAGGAUAAAUGGAUCUUAGGGAAUGCUUUCCUCCAUAAUGUUUAUCAUUCCAUCAAUAUCGACAGCGGCGAAGUGAAGAUUUUCGCUCUAAAUGAUUAG